AUGGAGAUGAAGAUUGAUGAUCUUGAGGGAAAGGUGGAUGAGAAACUCACCCAAGAGCGACUUGAUUAUCAAAAUGAUAUGAUGAAUUGGAAGACGCAGGCACAAAAGGAGAAAAAUGACUUAGAGGUCGAAAUUCCGAAGCUCCGGAAUAAAAUUGAUCGACUUGAGCAAGAGUUGAAGGAGGUUCUCGUGUACAAUAUAUGGAGGCGAGGGCGAAGAUAA